AUGAUUAUUUUGUCCGAAACAAACGAACCAUCCGAAGGUGUGCGACUGUCACAGCCUCAAGUGGUCGCAUAUCUGGACGGGGAAUGUGCUGGCGAGGGGAAGCUGCAAGUGACUUGGAUUUGUCGCUCCUCCGGCUUAGGGUUCUCUUUGACCUAUCCAUCAAUUAUACUUCAUGCUGUGUCCACUGAUCUUAGUUCAUUUCCACACGAAUGCAUAUACGUGCUUGUUGAUGCGUCAAAAAGCGCUAAAUCCUCAGCUUGCUUUCGUUAUUCUUAUUUUUCAGUGCAACAAAUUUACGAAGAAAUGUGUAGCUGUCAAGAACUAAAUCCCGACGAAAAUGACGACUUCUCAGACGAAGAUGGAGGUGGAGACAUGAUAGUAGAUGAAAGUGUAGGCAGCGGUGGAGCUGAAUGGUAUACAGCCGAGAAUGUGAGUUUUCUUCCGAAACUUCAACGUGGCUUGUAUUGGAGAAAGGUAGUCAGAGGCUUUCUAGUUCGCCUGCCCCAGGUGGCGCCGAUAAGUGUAGUAGAUUAA